CUGUUCCUUCUCUCUCUCUCGGUUUCCCCCUCUUGGUAGAGACGUAAGCUUUUUGUCUGAAUCCCAAACAGAGAUUCGAGUUCGGAUAUGCUCUGAUUGAACUACUGAAGGCAAAGAGCACCCUUUGUUAUCUUGUCGCCGUGUAAAACACCUCUUGUAAACAUGUUGCAGCGGAGACAUCAUGAUUUGUUGCUCCUGUUUGUGACAUUUCUGUUAUCUGAAUUUGUUCUCGUCUCACCGCAAGGGAUGAACUUCUACCCGAACAUGGCGCAGGGGCAGGGGCAGGGGCAGGGGUUCAGGCCUGGACAGGGACCGCAGACACCGGUCCAACACAACCCACCACGGACCCCCGUUGUCCGGCAGCCGGAACCUCCAGCACAGAACCCACCACCACAAAACCCACCACCACAAAACCCACCAGCACCGGGCCACCCAGCACAGGUGCCGGCAGGGCAACGCCCGUUACAACCAUCUGCACCAAUCCAUGUGAAAUACCUCAUUCUCGGUGCCGGGGCAGCGGGUCUUCAAGCUGCUGAAACUCUCGUCAAUAAAGGUGAACAUAACUUCCUUAUUCUCGAGGCUUCCUCUACCUAUGGAGGGCGAGUUCGUGACAUCCCGUUCGCUGGAGUCCGGGUGGAAGCGGGAGCUGAUACCCCGAGACCCAAGUCGGACGCCCUGGAUAGCGCCAUAAGGGGGCUUGGUGCAAAGCUGAGGAUACAUAAGCCUGACUGGCAAUCUCUCUCCAUUAUCAGUGAGCAAGGACAUACUAACUUAACUAAUGUCGCCAGGAGCACACACCUCUGGCCUAGGACUGCACAUGCCGUGGUCGAAAGCUUAAACCUUGCAGAGGAAUUAUGGGAGUCACAUGACUCAGACAUGUCGGUGAGGGCAGCACUUAAAAGUAUUGGCUGGUUCCCGAAGAACGGAUUGGAGAGAACCAUGGAAUGGCUGCACUUUGAUUACCAGUUGGGAGACGUUCCUCGUGUAACUUCAUUGAAGUCCCAUGCCUUUGACGCACCAGAGUUGAUUAUACAGCGAGGACCCAACGCCGACCCACCGAGAGUAGUAACUGAUCAAAAAGGUUUCAAGUCAUACUUUGACGAACAGCUUCUCUUUAUGCGUACACCAACUCACAGGAGUAAAAUUCUCUACAACAAGUACGUGGUACAGGUAGAAUACGGAAGUCCCCUCUCCGUGACAGUCCGCUGUACCGACGGAACAGUCUACCAGGCCGACUGGGUCAUCAGCACCUUCAGCCUGGGCGUCCUCCAGCACAAAGUCGUCAAUUUCGUGCCGGCUUUCCCCGGCUGGAAGACACGAGAAUUGAACCGGUUCGUCAUGGGUGCACACACCAAGAUCUUCCUGGAGUUUCCAAAUACAUUUUGGGGAAACAAGGAGUUUAUACUGCGUGUGGCUGAGAGGAGAGGGCACUUUCCGUUGCUUACUGACCUCAAGACAAGAAUUCCAGAACUCCAACGCCACGAGAAGCACGUCCUCCUAGUCGAGGUGACAGGAGAUGAAGCCCGCCGGAUUGACGGCCAAUCGGUCUCCCGGACCAAACAGGAGAUCAUGCGUACUCUCCGUAGGAUGUUCCCAUUCAGAAUCCCUGAUCCUUUAGACAUGUAUGUAUCCGGCUGGAACUCCAACCCACUGUUUAUGGGCUCGCAUAGUCUCUGGUCACCGGCUGUGGAGCCCAAGUGCUUCGCUAAGGUCCAGUCCCGUCUCGGUAGACUACUCUUUGCCGGGGAGUACACCAGUCUACGGUUCAGCGGGCAUGUCCAGGGGGCCAUCCAGAGCGGUAAGAGGGAGGCAGACAAGGCGUAUCUGUGCAGCACCGGGGGGACGUGCCCACAGUGGACAGAGGGGUUACAAUGUGCGUGUACUGGAACCACACCCACUCAACUGCACGGGGGAGCCCGAAUGGGUGCCCAUGUGACGUCAUGGAUGGUGGGCGCGGCUGUAGUUGCAGCCAUCUUUAUUGGCAGGGUACACAUUUAAAUAGUUAGCAAACUUUAGGUUGGGUGUAUGACCUGGGCCCAAUUUCAUAAAGUCCAUAAGUACCUUUUACUUGCUAAGCACAGAUAAGUGUUGCUAAAUAGAGACAGGUUUACCAGCUAAGAUUACAUGAAGUUGUGAGGUUACAUUGUUGUGACUGGUGCCCAACUCAAUAUUUGCUAAGCAUCAAAUUUGUCAAGCAGUAUUUUCUGCUUAACAGCUUUAUGAAAUUGGGCUCUGCUUCUGCUACGCAAAAUUAUCUGCAUAGCGAAGGCUAUUUUGGGAUUUGAAUUGUAUUUGAUAUUAUAUCACGUGUCCUAUUUAAGGAACAGCAACAAUUUAUAUUCCAGUUUUAUUCUAGAGUGCCAAUGAAGCGCGGAUUUGUACAUUUUUCUAUAAAAUAACAUCAACACUUUUUUUGUAUUUAAUGUUGUUGUUGUUGUUGUUGUUGUUGUUAUUUUGUUGUUUUGUUGUUUUUGUCGUCGUCGUGCAGUAAACAUGUACAUGAAAUAACAUAUACUUACUUUAUUUGCCCUUGUGUGGAAUCAUGUGCUAUUCACAUACACCAAUGUCAUGUAAAAUAUUGCAAAUCGUGAAUUUUUUUAAUCUACCCAAUGCAAUUUUAAUGUCUUUAAACUUCAACAAUACAGCAAUUAACAUUAGAAAAAUAUAUGUUUAUGACGUUAAAACUUUGAUGUGUGUGUGUAACAAUUUUUUUUUAAAUAAUUCGAAGCCCGACGCCGUUUGUUAAAUACCACAUGGAAUCAAAACGAACUCUUGAAAACAUUAAUUUAAAAGGAAAUACUUACUAAAUUUACACUUAUUUACUAGGUGUUGUGUUCUGAAUUUGUUUAUAGAAAAAAACGGUUUUGUUUUGUUUUUUAUUAUGGUAAUCUCUUUAAAAAAUUAUAUUCAUCAUUUUUAAUGAUAAGUGGCUUAUUACUCGUGAUAAUAUGACGUUUAUACAGAUUUGACAAUACGUAAGGCCAACAAAAUAUAUAUGUUAAAUUGUUUAAUCCUUUGUUUAAUUUAAAUCUUGCUUUAAGUAACCUAUAAUAUCAAGUCUCUGUAUUGUAUUAUGAGGACAAAAAUAAGAAUCCAAUUACGAAUUAAACAAGAUAACUUUUCACAUUCUGUAAACUUCCUUUCUGUACAUAAUUUGUUGAAGAAGAGGGCGCCCUAGCAUGAUAACCUUAUUUCGACAACCUAAACCUGUAAUAUAGCACUCACACCGUUGUUCGAUUGUGGGUAGCGCCAGAUUUGGAUUUAUAAAGUCUCGCUCACAGUACAGACAUUUCUAAAAA